GCAAAAGACUUGUGUGGGCCUGAAGUUGUGGCUCUCAGGAGCAGCAUCAGAAAACUGGAGAACAAACUUUUGAUCAAGAUGUGGCAGGUUGAGCACCUGCAGAUGCACAAAUAUUUCCGUCCAUUUCCGCUGCUUGUGACUGACAGUAAAUCUCAGAACGACUCAUCUCCUGAUGUAAAUCACAGGGACAGCCAUGAUAAGACUCACGGGAAUCCACUUCCACCAGCUGGCAAUUUAAUCGUCCACGACAAGGACUGUUCAGAACUGUUUGACAGACUGAGACCACCAAGCGGUUUCUACCGUAUAAGACCCAGAUCACAGCAGGAGCCAUUCUUAGUCUACUGUGAAAUGGAGGAUGGAGGAGGCUGGACAGUGUUUCAAAGACGACGUCAUGGAAAAGUAGACUUCAACAGAGACUGGGUGGACUAUAGAGAUGGCUUUGGUGAUUUCAAACUGUGGAAUGAUGAAUUCUGGCUGGGGAAUGAGCACAUAUAUUCUCUGCUGUCUGAAGGCAAAAACCUAGUGAAGAUUGAUCUGAUGGACUGGGAAGGACAGAGACGCCAUGCAUUUUAUGACAACUUUAGGAUUUCUAACGAGGCCGAUAAGUAUCGUCUGCAGUAUGGGCAGUACAGCGGUCAGGCUGGAGAUGCUCUGACUGGGGGAGGAGGGAUGGUGGAGCAGUGGUCUGCCAGCCUCAGCGGCAUGCAGUUCAGCACCAGGGAUCAGGACAAUGACCGCUUCCUCCAGGGAAGCUGUGCCCAGGAGAAUAAGGGAGGUUGGUGGUUCAACAGAUGUCAUGCAGCCAACCUAAAUGGAAAGUUCUACCGCAGCGGGAAGUACAAGGCCAACAACGACAACGGUGUGGUGUGGGGGACCUGGAAAGGUCUUUGGUAUUCACUGAGACAUACCACCAUGAAAGUGCGGCCUUUGGUUUUCCUGGAUAUU